AUGGUGAAGUGCCCGCUGUGCGCGGCGAUCGUGGAGCAGCCCCCGGGGGCGUCGCUCGCGAUAUGCGGCGGGUGCCACCAAGUCAUCGCCAUGCCGGGCGACGGCGGCGGAGGAGGAGGAGAGAGCAGCGGCGGAGGGGAAGGGGGCGCCGGCGCCGCGGGGGGGUCGGGGGGGUCGAUGCCUGGGUGGCGCCCCGACGCGGGCGCGAGCGCGCGUCCGCCGCUGAUUCAGUGCCCGCGGUGCGCGACGCGUCUGCAGCCGCCGCCGGGGGCGCCGCUCGUCGCGUGCGGGGAGUGCCGACAGGUGAUGCAAGUUCCGGGGGUCCAGUGA